AUGCACUCAAUUGUAACAAAGCUUGCACCGAGUGGGCUUCAUGGCUGGAUGAAAACUCUCCAACACGUCUUCUACCUUCAGUGUGCUCGGGCAAUUCCGCAGGGACUGGAGCCUCACAAAGGCAGACGACAGGCCGCCGAGGUCGUCUUCGAGGGGAGGGAUAACGCAGGACCUGCACACCAAAAAGGCACACAAAACGAAACAGCCAUCAAGCAGCAGCUACAAGUAGAACAAAUGCCGGGUGUUGGACCAGGCACCCCCUUUCACCACGCCGUCAGUCUGCCCAUUUGCGCGCGCAUGCGCCAAGCUCCACGUGGCUGUGGUGAUAUCACGCAUCUGUGCACACGCACGACCAUCGACCUCUUGAACGGUCGCACCUCCCCACUGGUCCACGUCGAGAGGCUGACGCUCAUGAGUGACCGCGUUUUCUCCGCACAGCACAACUGUCCAAAGCGUCAUGACGAAUCCAAACCCGAGUUGUUUAACUACUUGAAAUACCAACAUCAGCAGCUUUUAUCCAACAAUAUCUUUUUCACUUCGGCAUUAUCCUGCUUCUUCUUCUUCUUCUUCUUCUUCUUCUUCUUCUUCUUCUUCUGA